GGAACACCAGCUCCGAACCGAGUUACCCAGCGUGCAGAAAUCGCGAAUCGCCACCAGAGACAGUGGUCAGUGUCAGUGACGUCAGGCCAAAGUAGGACACCGCCUAUCGCCACCGCCAUCGCCACCCAUCGCCGCCCUGCGCAUCCGCGUCAUGGCCUCCGUACGGCAGAGCAGCCUCCUGCCCAUGUCCUUGCCCCUGCCCCUGCCCCUCUCGCUGCCCUUCCCCCUGGUCCUGGUGCUAUCGCUGCACCUGUCCGGCGUCUGCGGCGUCAUCGACCGCCUGGUGGUACAGACCUCCUCCGGACCCGUCCGCGGCCGCUCGGUGACGGUGCAGGGCAGGGAGGUGCACGUCUACACGGGCAUCCCCUACGCCAAGCCGCCCGUCGAGGACCUGCGCUUCCGCAAACCGGUGCCGGCGGAGCCCUGGCACGGCGUCCUCGACGCCACACGGUUGUCCGCCACCUGCGUCCAAGAGCGUUACGAGUACUUCCCUGGCUUCUCCGGCGAGGAGAUCUGGAACCCAAAUACCAAUGUGUCCGAGGACUGCCUCUACAUCAACGUCUGGGCACCGGCAAAGGCUCGCCUCCGCCAUGGGCGGGGAGCCAAUGGGGGUGAGCACGCCAAUGGCAAACAGGCGGACACGGACCACUUGAUCCACAACGGCAAUCCUCAGAACACUACCAAUGGCCUGCCCAUUCUGAUCUGGAUUUACGGCGGCGGAUUCAUGACCGGAUCGGCCACCUUGGACAUCUACAAUGCGGACAUCAUGGCCGCCGUGGGCAAUGUGAUAGUGGCCUCCUUCCAAUAUCGCGUGGGUGCCUUUGGGUUCCUGCACUUGGCACCGGAGAUGCCGUCGGAUUUCGCGGAGGAGGCGCCCGGAAAUGUGGGCCUGUGGGACCAGGCUCUGGCCAUUCGCUGGCUGAAGGACAACGCCCAUGCCUUCGGCGGAAAUCCGGAGUGGAUGACCCUCUUCGGGGAGUCGGCGGGGUCCAGUUCGGUGAACGCGCAGCUCAUGUCGCCGGUGACCAGGGGCCUGGUCAAGAGGGGCAUGAUGCAGUCGGGCACCAUGAACGCCCCCUGGAGCCACAUGACCUCCGAGAAGGCCGUGGAGAUCGGCAAGGCGCUGAUCAACGACUGCAACUGCAACGCCUCCAUGCUGAAGACCAAUCCCGCUCACGUGAUGAGCUGCAUGCGGUCGGUGGACGCCAAGACCAUAUCGGUGCAGCAGUGGAACUCCUACUCGGGCAUACUCAGCUUCCCCUCGGCGCCCACCAUCGAUGGAGCCUUCCUGCCGGCCGAUCCCAUGACGCUGAUGAAGACGGCGGAUCUGAAGGACUACGACAUCCUGAUGGGAAAUGUCAGGGACGAGGGCACUUACUUCUUGCUGUACGAUUUCAUCGAUUACUUCGAUAAGGACGAUGCCACGGCCCUGCCAAGAGACAAAUAUCUGGAAAUUAUGAACAACAUUUUCGGCAAGGCAACGCAGGCGGAACGCGAGGCCAUCAUUUUCCAGUACACCAGCUGGGAGGGUAAUCCGGGCUAUCAGAACCAGCAGCAAAUCGGACGCGCCGUGGGCGAUCACUUCUUCACCUGCCCCACCAAUGAUUAUGCCCAGGCUCUGGCUGAGCGAGGCGCCUCCGUGCACUACUACUACUUCACACACCGCACGAGCACCUCGUUGUGGGGCGAAUGGAUGGGCGUGCUGCACGGCGAUGAGAUUGAGUACUUCUUUGGCCAGCCGCUGAACAACUCCCUGCAGUAUCGACCUGUGGAGCGUGAGCUGGGCAAGCGUAUGCUGAGUGCGGUCAUCGAGUUCGCCAAGACAGGAAAUCCCGCUCAAGAUGGCGAGGAGUGGCCGAACUUCUCGAAGGAGGAUCCCGUCUACUACAUUUUCAGCACGGACGACAAGAUCGAAAAGUUGGCCAGAGGUCCGUUGGCGGCCAGGUGCUCCUUCUGGAACGAUUACUUGCCGAAAGUCAGGAGUUGGGCAGGAACAGGCUGCGAUGGCGAUUCGGGAAGUGCUUCCAUAACCCCCAGACUGCAGCUUCUGGGAAUCGCUGCUCUGAUCUACAUCUGCGCCGCAUUGCGAACCAAGGGGGUUUUCUAAAAGAAAACCUCGGCUGGCAGAAUCCACAAACACACACUGGAACACACACCACAUCCACGCCACACCACACCACAGCCACACCCGUACCCACACCCAAACACACACUUAAAGUUAGAACACGUAUAUUAAUAAAAUUAGCAAACGGAAGGAAACCAAAUUUUUUGUAGGCGCAGACAUUUGUGUAGGAGCAGCAGGAGAUUUGUUUACGGAAUAUAGUAGGAUCGGUUUGAGCAAGUCGAUGGCAAUUGCUGAACAUUUGUAAAUUGAACUUAGAGCUCUACGCACGCCCCAGGCAGUCAGGGGGUCGAUCAGCGUCCUUCGAAGGAUCUUGCGCCGGACUUCCGACUCCAGAGACCACUGUUGCCACAAGCCACAAGCCAGAAGCCAGAAGCCACAAGCCACGCGCCAUAGGCCAGGCCCAAACCAAAUUGUUUUGUGUAGCACAACGCUAAAUUGCUUCAUUUGAGAGAAUGUAGCCAAAGGGCGGGCGAAAUUUUUGAUAAAUAUUAAUGCAAAUAGAACUAAAAAUGUUUGUCAUGCCUUCAGGGGGCAGCCAAAAAAGAAACAAAGUUUACAGAUAUACGUUUACCGAACGGAAAACUCGCUCAGAUGACAGACACUUUUUGACACGCCCACAUUAUUGAGCGAUCUUCGAGCGCAUUUAAUGGCACAAUUUUUGCAUUCAGUUCGAAAAAGUCCUUGUCGCCUAACGAUAUUUGGCCAAAUUGCAUUGGUUUCAUGCUUAGGUUGAGGGUUCGUUUGAUUUCGAUUUACAUUCCCAAGAAAAAACCAACCACACACGAAAUUUGUAACCACACAAGAUUCUUAUGAGAAAACCAAAAUGGAAAUUUACGCAAAAUCAACAAUUGUAUUGUACAAAAAUUGGCGUUGGUUUAUUAGGAGGGACAAAAGGAAAAGAAAUGGAUAUAGCCCCAAGUCAAGCACUUACCCAAAACAAAUUUUUUCGAAGCGAACAAAGCGAAGCAAAUUGAUAAAUUGUACUAAAGAAUCGAUCGAAAAAUGAGAUUUAAGCAUAGUUCGGGGCGCAGACGAUAUUUAUAAUGCAAAACAUAUCAGUAUAUUAUUGUAUUUGUACUAAACGUUUUACAAAUUGGCUUAGUGAGAGCUUGGACGGAGGAAAAAUGAAAUGAUUUAAUACUGAAUAAUGGUAAUUAGAAAUUUUAUACACAUAGCGAAAUUGGAUCAAUGAUUAACACAAAACGUAUUGUAUAAUGAGUAACGUAUAUGUACUUGGUAUGUCUAUAUCUAUAAAUAAAUAUUGUUCAAAACGUAAAUCCAGAAAAUGAAAGAUCAUUGUCAACCCUAGAGUUCAGUGUGUGUCGCAGACUAAAUGAGAGCUAAUAAGUAAUCGUAAUUGUAAUCUGUAAUCGUAACCGUACUCUGUAAUCGUAUUAAAGGCAUAUCAAUAUGUAUUAACUAUGGAAAUCGAAAACCUUUCGAAAUUUACUAAGGUAAGCCACACUGAUAUUAAUUAAGUUAUUUUUAUCAACAAUUAUUAUAAUACCACACACUAUCUGAUAAUACAUAGAUUCAACAAGUAUUAGACUUAUGAAGAACAACAACAACAUUAACUGUUUGCUAACAUUUGAAAGUUUUAAAACCAACCAAUAAACAAAAACAAAAACAAAAACAAAAAAACCUAAAACCAAAAACUUAAUACAAAAAACCAAAAACCAAGCGAAUCCCAAAUAAAUAAACGAUUAUUGUAUUGUAUUAGGUAUGAACUGUGGUCGAGGCCUACUGAGCGAUGUUCGCUUUCAACUGUAGCAUCUAGGAAAAUUUAUGUGACCCUCUAGCCAGGUGACGAAUGCACUUAGGACACUGUAUAUCUGAUCGUUAUGUCUGAUACUACACAUCUGAUACUCUACACCAAUGCAAGCAACGAUAGCAAGCCACUCACUUAGAUAUCUCCCCAUAGUUAUACGACAAUUGCACCGCGAUUAACGAGUAAUUCUACAACUGAGCGAAAAGCGAGAGGAGGGAAGCGCAUCGGAAGCAGCAGAUCCACAAGGCAUUCCUAAGUUAUGCAUUACUUUAAAUACUUCUUAAAGGGACAAACAAGAAACUAACAUAACGAAACAAAUAAUAACACAGCAUGAUGCGAAAUAAUAACUUAAACAAAAGGAUUUUUUAAGUAUAUGUGGAACAUUUAUAUUUUUAUACCAUGCAAGAAGCGAAAUGAAAACAAAACAAAAACCGAAAUUGCGUAAAAUGGAGAUAUUAACAAAUGAUGAAUAACUUUAAAAUUUUGUACUAAGCCAUUGUCUAAAACUGUGGACACGAAAAAGUGUGAGACGAACUCCAAGAUAACUAGCUUUAAUCCCUAUCCCCUAUCCCUAUGAUUGCACCACGUUCGCCUCUUAACCGAAACCAAAAAGUAAUUAAAUCUAGGUACUAUAUAUACAAAAAGUAACCGAUUCCAAGACUAGACUUGAUAGUUAAUCCUGUAAUUCUGUAGAGAGGAGUGGGCCCGAGCGAGUGCUGCCUGUGCUACGGCCACGGCCACGCCCACCUGGCCGGCCUCCAAGGUCAGGUGGGAGCAGGGGGUCAGAGGUCAGCAUUGGGCAGUAUUAACUGUGCGUCCACUCACAGAGAGCAUAGAGUUAAUGAAUAUCAAAAUGAAAAUACAUGUGUUUACCGUGUAUUAUGCCUUCUGCCUUCAAAAACAAAAUACAAGAGAAGUGAAAAGUGAAAAGUGAAAGGUACUCAUUCUACGACUACGUUGUUACCAUUUAUAUGCAUUUUUCUACCUUUUUUUCGUCUCACCCGAAAUUAGGAAUAUUUUUUGUCAUUUUGCAUGGUUUUCGGCUCAAGCCAAAGAAUUGACAAUAUAAUAUUUCGCCUUAGAAGCAAAAGGAGCAAACGAAUGAAAGACAAAUUCCAAGUGUUAUGCUUAUAGAUCUAAAUUUUUAUACAUGGACAUGGACAUGGACACUUCGUCGUCUCAUUUUUUGGUGAAGGUGCACUAAUCGCUACUCGUAUGAUUUGUACAGGUUAUGGCUUUCGUUGCGGUUCUUCCAGGUCAUCUUUAAUAAAAUAUAUUUAUAUAUUUAUACGAUAGGACAACCACAUACACGCACCCACGCACCCACGCACCCACUCUCACACACCAACACAUCUCAGUGUGCUUUUGCUGUAGUAGUCUGCCAGUUGUAAAAGAAUUUAUAUAUAAACGAAUCGAAACGGAACCGGAAACGGAAACACUCAUAUUCUAAUCUAUGAUAAUAAUGAAAGCAUGCUGGUCACACACACACGCGCGCAUACCCCCACGAACACUCACACACACACACACACUUCAUAGAAGGACGAAUCGUAGGAAUAGAAAAUACAUGAGCAGAAUCCUUAGACGGUUAAAGCAAAAAUAAAACCGAAACGCAAAAAAAACAUAGUUCAUGUUUUUGUUUAUUGUGUAUUAAAGACAAGUUAAAAAUUGUAUCAGCUACGACAUCUGAUAAUAAAAUCGAAAUCUAGGUGGUAGACAAAACUCUCUGUACAAUGUAAUAAAUAUGUUGAUUGCUAUACAAUAGAAUACAAUACAAAGUACACACUCACACAAACAGAAUCUAAAUCUGAAUCUGAUGAAAUAUAAAUAUAUAAUACGAUAAAAACUGAAGAAUCCAGGCACAGAUAUGCAUUUGACAUUACAACAAUUCUCACAAUUAGAGUUAAAAGGCAGAGACGAAGUUUAGUAAAUAAAAUACAUAGUCUUUUAUGUAUAAAAAUCAAAUACAUAUCAAUAUAUGGCCUAUUGUUUAUUUAGUUUAAUUAUAUAUUAUGAAUAACACACUCGAAAGCAGCAGGUGUGCAGUAAGGCUCUGAUUUAUGACUUUUUAAGUAGGCAAUUUGUAUAAAUUAAGCAGCAAGCAAACACAAUACAAGCAGAAACAAGCCAGAUAACGGAAAACAAAAACAAA